AUGUCUAUUUCUCAAAUGUUGAAGAGUUCUCAAUUAAGAUCUUCUGUUUUGAGAAACAGAAAUAGCAUAUCCACUUUGGUGAUAACAACUAGAUCUUUCCGAAGUAUGCCAGUUAGAUGGAACCGACAACAGGAGAUAUCCAAUUCAUCAGAGGAAGAAUAUUCCAAUCUAUUGAAAUACAAAGAAUAUUAUAACGAGUUAAGAGACACCACGAAUAAUGUUUCUAAUGAAGUAGCAGAGAAAUCACCACUUUUAAAUACUCUACACAAGAGAUUGAAUCUACCUAAGGAAUUUGAAUUAUCAUUAUUAUCAAGAUGUUUAAGUUGCCGUUCAUCUAAGCUAUCACAUGAAUUAAGUAAUCCAAAGAGUGGGUUAGCAUUUGUCAACUCAGUAAAUACAAAUAACUAUUUCGAUAAUUUUGGUUUAAAUAUAUUUGGUAAAAAUUUAUUAACUUUCCACGUUACACAUCAUUUGUUACAAAAAUAUCCUCGUCUACCAACAGUAGUUUUAAAUGCUGCUGUUGAUGCUUAUAUCUCCGAAAAAGUUCUAGCCAGUAUUGGUAAAUCAUGGGGUAUUGAAACGGAAAACACCUCUGUAUUAGAUAGAUUCACAAGAAAUGAACCAAUUAACAUAACUUUAGGUAAAUUGAGGUUUAUGAAUAACUCAUUAAAUAAGGAAGAUGGCAUUGAAUAUGUCUCUGGUCAAUUACAAUCAUCAGAUGCCGCAUAUGCUUUGGCAGUAAGAUCAAUUAUAGCAACAUUGUGGGCAUCAACUCAAAAGACUCAACCUGAUUUAGUAAUCAAAUUCAUAAACGACAAUAUCUUAAGCAGAAAAUUAGACAUCACAAGAAUGUUCCAAUUCGAAAACCCAACCAGGGAAUUGGCAACCUUAUGUAGACGUGAAGGCUUCGAACAACCAAUUUCAAGAUUAUUAGCAGAAUCCGGUAGACUAUCAAAGGCUCCUGUAUUCAUCAUCGGUGUAUUCUCAGGCAAUGAAAAAUUAGGUGAAGGUUUUGGAUCUUCUUUAAAAGAAGCAAAAGCCCGUGCUGCUACCGAUGCCUUAAUGAAAUGGUACUGUUACGAACCAACAUCUGGCCAAAAUCCAGUAAUUGAUCAUGGGACUGUUAUUGUAUGA